CCAUUUUCUCUCCUUUUCUAUCCAAAAACUCACUCACUUCUCUCUCUCCCUCUCUCAAAAACCAAAACAAAGAAACUCUCUUCUCUUCACUCUAUCUGAGAGAGAGAGAAAAUCAACACCAAUACCCCACACUCAAAGCCAUGGCAGUCCCUUCAAUUACACCCAACUCUAGCAGUUGGGCUAGAGCCCAAAUAUCUCAUCCAACUCUCUCAUCCUCUUCUUCAUCAUUAUUAAACUUGGGCUUCACAUCAAAAUCCAUCACCUUGAAGAAGAAUAAGCCCAACAACAACAACAACACCAUCAUACACUGUGCUUUACAUUCUCCUUCGGUGCUUCAUUUCCCAAAACAGCCCUACCAACAGCCACUAAUUACCAAAGAUGACACUCCCAUGAAACCCAAGAAGAACACACAGCCUCCACACUGGAAUCCACUGCAAAGAGCUGCAGCCAUGGCCUUAGACCUUGCCGAAGGCGCGUUAGUCUCACGCGAGCGCCAACACCCACUUCCCAAAACCGCAGACCCACGUGUCCAAAUCUCCGGAAACUUCGCUCCGGUGCCCGAACAGCCGGUCCGAAACUCGCUGCCGAUAAUCGGUACAAUCCCGAAAUGCAUUAACGGCGUGUACCUCCGAAACGGAGCCAAUCCACAAUUCGACCCCGUCGCCGGCCACCACCUCUUCGACGGAGACGGAAUGGUUCACGCCGUUAACAUUAACGGCCGCUCCGCCACCGCCAGCUACGUGUGCCGGUUCACCGAGACUCAAAGAUUAAUCCAAGAGCGAAAACUCGGGCGCCCGGUUUACCCGAAAGCCAUAGGUGAACUCCACGGACACUCCGGUAUUGCACGGCUAGCUUUGUUCUUCGCCAGAGGGCUUUUCGGACUCGUUGAUCAAAACCAAGGAACCGGCGUUGCCAAUGCCGGUUUGGUUUAUUUCAAUGACCGGCUUCUCGCUAUGUCGGAGGACGAUUUGCCGUAUCAAGUCCGAAUCAAAGCCUCUGGUGACUUGGAAACGAUAGGCAGACACAAUUUCGAUGACCAGCUUAAGUCCGCAAUGAUUGCUCAUCCAAAAGUAGACCCAGUUUCCAAAGAGCUCUUUGGUCUCAGCUACGAUGUUAUUCAGAAACCUUACCUUAAAUACUUCAAGUUCUCCCCAGAUGGAAAGAAAUCCUCGGACGUUGAAAUCCCUUUACAUGAGCCGACCAUGAUGCACGACUUCGCGAUUACCGAGAAUUUCGUGGUGAUUCCUGACCAGCAGGUUGUGUUCAAGCUCCAAGAAAUGAUCACCGGCGGCUCUCCAGUGAUUUACGACAAGAACAAGCAGUGUCGGUUCGGUGUUUUGGCUAAGAAUGCGAGUAAUGCUUCGGAUAUUGUUUGGGUUGAAUGUCCAGACACGUUUUGCUUUCACUUGUGGAAUGCUUGGGAGGAGACAGAGACGGACGAGGUUGUUGUGAUUGGCUCGUGCAUGACACCGCCGGACUCGAUCUUUAACGAAUCGGAUGAGAGCUUAAAGAGUGUUCUAUGUGAGAUUAGGCUGAAUUUGAAGAGUGGGAAGUCGACGCGCCGAGCCAUAAUCAAGGACGAGGUGAACUUGGAGGCUGGAAUGGUGAACAAGAACAAGCUUGGGAGGAAAACAAAGUACGCUUAUCUUGCUAUUGCUGAGCCGUGGCCUAAGGUAAGUGGGUUCGCCAAGGUUGAUAUUUUAAGUGGGGAAAUGAAAAAGUACAUUUAUGGUGAUAGAAAAUAUGGUGGCGAGCCAUUUUUCUUGCCAAGGGACCCAAACUCAGAAAACGAGGAUGAUGGGUAUAUUCUUUGUUUUGUUCAUGAUGAGAGGACAUGGAAAUCAGAGCUGCAGAUUGUGAAUGCUAUGAAUAUGAAGCUGGAGGCGGCGAUAAAGUUACCUUCAAGAGUACCUUAUGGGUUUCAUGGCACUUUUGUGGACUCUAAGGACUUAGCAAACCAAGCAUAGUACAUGUGGGCGUGACGUUUUGGUUUUUGUUACAUUUUUUUGUUUAAUAAGCACAGUAAUUAUUAGAGGGAGAGUGAUACCAGAGGGAUUGUUGGUCCCCGGAUUAAUCUCCUGGAACAUUUAAAACCCUAACAACCCUUUUGUUUUGUUAGGUUUAUUGGGUUGUUAUUUUAUUUUAUUUUAUUUUUUUAUGGAGCCAGCUUGUAGCUUUGGACUGUAGGUCGAUUUUGAGCUCAGCUGGUUUCUGCUUUUUGUGUUGUUGGGGAUGAUUCGUUUUCUGUGUCAUAUGGAGCAAGAUCUUGUGCCUCUUGGAUCUUACUCUUUCUACCUA